CCCAACUUUUCAGCAUUCUAAUUUUGUUUCUUGUUUAAACUAUAUUGCUCAACCACAUUGGUUCUGGCAAAUGGCAAUGCUUUUUACUCUAUGGCUGCUUCUGCUUCUGCUACCAAUUUAUGUGCUUGCUCAAACUAAUGGUAGCGUAGCAGUCGGUGCUUCUCUCUCUGCAGCAGGUAACUCCUCAUGGAUUUCUCCAUCUGGUGACUUUGCUUUUGGAUUUCGGCAACUUGAAAACAAUGGACUUUUCUUGCUUUCUAUAUGGUUUGCCAAGAUACCAGACAAAACUAUAGUUUGGUACGCAAAUGGGGAUACGCCUGCACCUAAGGGAUCGACAGUGAACUUGACUGCCAACAGUGGAUUAGUCCUUACAAGUCCUCAAGGUGAGAAGCUAUGGACAUCCAAUGACACUAACAUUAUUGCUGGUGUCGUUGCUCAUGGGGUCAUGAAUGAUGCCGGUAACUUUGUUCUGGAAAAUGCGGAGUCAGCAAAGUUAUGGGAGACGUUCAAGAAUCCUAGUGAUACAAUGUUGCCCGGGCAAAUAAUGGAAAGAGGAGGGAAACUGUCUUCUCGAAAUUCAGAGACUGACUAUUCCGGAGGGCGCUUCCAGCUAGAUUUUCAACCAGAUGGGAAUCUUGUGUUCACUGCUAAGAAACCUUUUCAUUCAACUGCAACUACCACUGGGACUGUUCCAGGUAGUGAAGGGGAGGAACGUUCAGCAAGGGACUACUAUCUCCGUACAACUCUCAGCUUUGAUGGGGUUUUGGCUCAAUAUUUCCUCCCAAAGACUUCCAUUGGCAAUGAAAGCUGGGCUGCUCUUUGGUCAGAGCCGCCUAAUAUUUGCCAAAAAAUUAAGAUGAAUUCGGGUCCUGGUAUUUGUGGUUACAACAGUAUCUGCACUCUCAAAGAUAAGAGGCCAUCCUGUGAAUGCCUAACAGGAUACUCUUUACUUGAUCCAGCAGAUGCAUACGGGAACUGUUAUCCAGAUUCCAAACAAGGCUGUGAAGAUGAGCUUAGUUAUACAAAAGAUCUAUAUGAUGUCAAGGUGCGAGCAAAUACUGAUUGGCUUACCUCCAGUUAUGUGCAGUUAAAUGCUUCUACUGCUGACACAUGCAGUCAAUCUUGCUUGGAAGAUUGUUUGUGUGCUGUUGCUGUUUACGGCAAUGAAACCUGUUGGAAAAAGAAGUUUCCACUCUCAUAUGGGAGAGAAGACACCACCCUUAAUGCAAAGACCUUCAUCAAAUUCAGGAAUGAUACUUCAGCUCUACAAGUUCCGGAUGAUAAGAAGAAGAGCCAGACCACUAGGGUACGUUUGUUGUCAGUUCUUCUGAGCACCUCUGUCUUUGGUAAUUUUAUAUUAGCUGCUGCAGUUAUUUUUCUGGGAAUUUUUUUCACUUUCCGGAAGAAACAUGUAAGGUCGUUUGCGCAAAAUGAUUUGGACACAAAAUUGCGUUUCUUUAGUCAGAAGGAGCUUGAAGAAGCUACAAAUGGAUUCCAUGAAGAACUAGGAAAGGGUGCUUUUGGAGUUGUUUACAAAGGGAUAAUAAAAAUUGGUUCAGAUGUCCAAGUCGCAGUUAAGAAGCUCAACAGUGUGAUGCAAGACUCUGUGAUACAAGAAGGUGAGAAAGAAUUCAAGACAGAACUGAAAACUAUUGGACAGACACAUCACAAGAAUCUAGUUCACCUGGUUGGAUAUUGUGAUGAGGGACAAGAGCGAUUACUAGUGUAUGAAUUCUUGAGCAAUGGCACAUUAGCAAGCUUCCUGUUUGGUGAUGAGAAACCCAGUUGGAGGCAACGUAUGGAAAUUGCUUAUGGUGUUGCGAAAGGGCUUCUGUAUUUGCAUGAAGAGUGUACCACCCAAAUCAUCCACUGUGAUAUAAAGCCUCAGAACAUACUUCUGGAUGAUCAUUACAAUGCUCGGAUCUCUGAUUUUGGCUUGUCGAAACUUCUGAUGAUGAAUCAGAGCCAGACAUAUACUGCCAUUAGAGGAACUAAAGGUUAUGUUGCACCCGAGUGGUUUAGGAACAUGGCUAUCACUACCAAAGUUGAUGUCUAUAGCUUUGGUGUUGUGCUGCUGGAGAUCAUUUGCUGCAGGAAAAGUGUUGAUAUGGAUAAUACCAGCGAAGAGAAAGCAAUUUUAACCGACUGGGUUUAUAAUUGUUACCAAGACGGACUUUUAGAUGUGGUUCUAAAUCACCAAGUCAAUGCCUUGGAUGACAAGACAGAGCUGGAAAAGACUGUGAUGAUUGCUCUUUGGUGUAUCCAAGAAGACCCAUUUCUUCGACCCACGAUGAGAAAGGUUGUGCAGAUGCUUGAAGGAGUAGUGGAAGUACAUGUUCCACCAUGUCCAUCCCCAUAUUCAUCAAGAACAAGCUGAAACCUGUUUGCCUUGUGUAGCAGUCAAAGAUUCGCAGCCAACUCGAGCUAGCUUGUUGUGUUUGAUUAUCUUGUUUUUCCUUUUCAUGCUUGUGUAAUGUGUACUUUCAUAAGAGAUCAUUAUGAUUUCAUUAGGAAUAAUAAGGUCAUUAAGGUGUGUUUAGAA